UGUGUGUGUGCGUGCGUGCGUGUGUAUGUGUAUGUGUGUGUAUGUAUGUGUGUGUAUAUGUGUGUACGCAUGGCACCGUGAGCACUUUGAGACCGAGUUGCCCCUCUUUCCCCCCCCAAAACCCCCUGAAAGAAGAGCAUUUUUGCGCAAAAAAAAAAAAAACUAAACAGAAAAACUGCACACCCGGAGAUGUGGAUCCAAGUCCGGACCAUAGACGGGAAGGAGACCCGGACUGUGGAGGAUUUGUCCCGGCUGACCAAAAUCGAGUCCCUGCGCCUGAAGAUCCAGGACAUUUUCCACGUUAGUCCGGAGCAGCAGCGCCUGUUUUACAGGGGCAAGCAGAUGGAAGAUGGCCAGACGUUGUUUGACUACAACGUUGGCCUCAAUGACAUCAUCCAGCUUCUCAUUCGCUCUCAGGCUGACCCCCCAGACAGUCCCGCCAGCAACAACUGUGAGGGAGUGGUCUGUAACACAGCCCCUCCCACCUCUGGCUCGGCUCCCAACUCCAGCACAGCAACAGCAACCACGUCCUCCCCAGCGACAGUCACUAGUAACAAUGGAAACGGCUCUAAGUCAUGCAGUCCACUGUUGGACAGUCAGCCAUCCACGUCGUCCCCAACGUCCCUCGUUAACCCUGGGAUUGGCGUGUACAAGAUCAAUGAGCUGGUGGACUGCAGGGACGUCAGCAUUGGUGCCUGGUUCGAGGGCACCAUCGAGAGGGUCACCCCAGCUGCUAAAGGACUCAACAGCAAGGCUGAAACGCCUCCCACCACUGGAAGGGUGGGCAGACCUAGCAAACGGACUAAUGGAAAGCUAGAGUCAGAGCCCUGCCCGCCGGCCUCGGACAGUAACGGCACGGCCGGCACGGGCUUAAAUUCGGACAGUGAGGAACCUUCGACAUCUCAGAUGGAUUCCACAACGCACAAUAAAGAGGACGUCACAUACCACAUCAAAUACGAAGAUUACCCAGAGAACGGGGUGGUGGAGAUGAAUGCGGAGGACGUGCGCCCGCGGGCCCGGAUGCUGCUGCGCUUCGAGCAGCUAGAAGUGGGCCAGGCGGUGAUGGUCAACUACAACUUGGAGCUGCCCGAGGAGAGGGGCUUCUGGUACGACGCCGAAAUCACAGCGCUCAACCACAUCUCCCGGACCAAAAAGGAGGUCCGCGCCAAAAUACUGCUCGGCAGUCCUGGCAAUGUGAUUGGUGACUGUAAGCUGCAGUUUCUGGACGAGAUCUACCGUAUAGAAAAACCUGGAGCUCCUCCACUCUCUCUCGCUGACGGCCAGUUCAAACGUAAGAGUGGUCCGGAGUGUAAGCACUGUAAGGCGGAUCCAGAUGCGGAAUGCCGUUUCUGUUCCUGCUGUGUUUGCGGAGGGAAGCAGGAUGCACACAUGCAGCUGCUGUGUGAUGAGUGUAACAUGGCCUUCCACCUGUACUGCCUCAACCCCCCACUGUCCACAGUCCCCGACGACGAGGACUGGUACUGCCCCACCUGUAAGAAUGACACCAGUGAGGUGGUGAAGGCAGGUGAGAAGCUAAAGACUAGUAAGAAAAAGGCCAAGAUGCCUUCAGCCACCAACGGGAGUCAAAGGGAUUGGGGCAAGGGAAUGGCGUGUGUGGGUCGUACUAAAGAAUGCACCAUCGUUCCCUCUAAUCACUAUGGACCAGUUCCUGGCAUUCCUGUGGGAACCACCUGGAAGUUCCGUGUACAGGUGAGUGAAGCCGGUGUUCACCGGCCUCAUGUGGGUGGAAUCCACGGCCGCAGUAACGACGGCUCCUACUCGCUGGUGCUGGCCGGCGGCUUUGAGGACGAAGUGGACAGGGGAGAUGAGUUCACGUACACGGGCAGCGGAGGUCGCGACCUCUCAGGAAACAAACGGAUUGGAGAGCACUCGUUCGACCAGACGCUCACGCACAUGAACAGGGCCCUGGCGCUGAACUGUGACGCCCCUCUGAACGAUAAGGACGGGGCAGAGUCUCGGAAUUGGCGUGCGGGAAAGCCAGUCAGAGUGAUCCGGAGCUCGAAGGGCCGGCGAAUCAGCAAGUAUGCUCCAGAGGAGGGAAACCGCUACGACGGGAUUUAUAAGGUGGUGAAGUACUGGCCUGAGAUCGGUAAGUGUGGUUUCCUGGUGUGGCGCUACCUGCUCAGGCGUGAUGACGUGGAGCCGGCGCCGUGGACACCUGAAGGAAUCGAGCGCAGCAAGAAACUCGGCCUGAAGGUGCAGUACCCUCCUGGCUAUCUGGAAGCCAUGGCAAAUAAGAGUAAGAAGGAGGCAAGUGUGAAAGGGACACGAGGUGGACCGUCGCGGGGUAAGAGACACGGAGGCCGGGGGCGACCAAAAACUGGCCGGCCGGCAAAAAGAGUAAAGGAAGAGGAGGAGGAGGAGGUGGAGGUAGAGGAUGAGAAAGAGGAGAAGGACGCAGUGAACAAGGACAAGGAGGUGCACAGCAAUGGCGACCAAGAAACACCAAAAGACAAAGUGAGUGAUGAGCAAGAUGAGCCCAAAUCGAAGCGACUGAAGGAGGUGGAGGCGUUCGUGUUAUCCGAGCAGCAGCGCUCCCUCAUACAGCAGGACCAGGCCAACAAGAAACUCUGGGACGAGGCUCUGGGCUUCCUCAUUGAGGGACCGAACUUCUUGCGUAAAGUGGAGCAGAUCUUCAUGUGUGUGUGCUGCCAGGAGCUCGCCUUCCAGCCCGUCACCACCGCCUGCCAGCACAAUGUCUGCAAGACCUGCCUGCAGAGGUCGUUCCGAGCAGAGGUGUACACAUGCCCGGCCUGUCGCCACGAUCUGGGCAAAGACUAUGUCAUGACCCUCAACAAGAACCUCCAGCAGCUCCUGGAUCAGUUCUUUCCAGGCUACAGCAAGGGCCGAUGAGGCAACGGAACGGAUAACGGACAGAAAUCUCCAUCCAGCGCAGUUCAGUGGCACUUAGUUAACAGGCAUUCUUAUGCACACACCACACACAUGAAACACUCAACACAGAAACCACUGACACACACACUCACAAAGCACACACCCUCCAUCUAGACAGACCCCCACAUCAACACCAGCCUGACACUUGUAUCCCAGGACAAUGACAGUGACCCCCAAGUACAGUGGACGUCUGCCGGCUGUGUGUGUAUGUGUGUGCCCCGCCCUCGCAUCAUCAGGAGAACCCCACACACUGUUCACAGGAGCUGGGAUCGCCUCCAGCCCUUUUAAAGCAAUGGAUCUGGAAAGGAUGGACCUGAUACUAAUGCUAAUGCUAAUGAUAUGCUAACAGUUGCUAACCCUGGUAAGAAUACCCAAAGCCGAAUACGGAACUCUGCCAUACCGCUAGGUGCUGAAGCUAGCUUAAAAAGCCUCGGAUAGCCAAACGUGACUGAGCUAACAGCAAGGAAUGUACACCGAUGUUAGCAUUUAGCAUGCUAAUCGCUGAAGCGUUAGCUUGCAGGAUGUUGUUGCUUGGCUAGUAGGGUUUGGAUAAGCUGACCCUUUAAAGGCCUGAGCUCCUCUGGCUUUACUAACCAAUACCACCAAUACUGUGGUGAAAGGUGAAAGGUCAUUUAGGUGUAGCACGCUAAUUAUCCGAAACCCACUCCCCCGAGGUAGAGGAAAAAAUCUGCCUCGUUUCUGGCAGCAGUGUGUCAAAAAAAUGUGACUCAAGUCAACUCAACUCGAAACUGAGUUAUUGUGUCAACAUAACUUAUUUUCUCAAAUGUUGACGUACUUUCUCAAGAUUGCUGCAAGUCAAAAUAACUUCCGAAACUCCCAAAGUUUUGACUAAUCUUCUCCAGACUGACUUAUUAAGACUUUCCUCAAUUAUUGGACUUAUUUUUCGAAACUGAGUUAUUACGUCAAUAUAACUUCUUUUCUUUUUUUUUAACUUAUUUUCUCAAGACUGACUCAAGUCAAAUAAUUAGCUUCUCCCAAAGUUUUGACUUAUUUUCUCAAGACUGACUUGUUAAGGAAAUAUGACAACUUAUUUUCUGAAAUUGUUGACUUAUUGUCUUGAAACUGAAUUAUUAUGUCAAAAUGAUGACUUAUUUUCUUAAAUGUUUCAUUUAUUUUCUUGAAAUGGAGUUUCUUUUUUUGACUUAAGUCAAAAUCACAACUUAUUUUUCUCAGCUUUGACUUACUUAUUUUUAGACUAGACUUGUUAAGUCAAAAUAAUGACCUAGAAGUUUUGACUUCUUGAGGUUUUGAGGUAUUAAGACAAGAUUCCAACAUACAAUAUUGAAAAAAACGAGUUUUACUGUUUAACAAAGUAAAAUAUUCAUUAAUUUAAGAGAAUACUUUUUGUGAGAAAUAAGCCGUUAUAUUAGCAUAGCAAAAGAAAAUUCUAUUUCAAGAGUCCAAAAUUUUGACAUACUGCUGCCAGAAAUGGAGAAGCAGGAAAAUAACAAGUGAUUUUGUUCUCCUCUCCCUGGUGAGAGUGGGCUUCAGUGGAAGCCCCCUGUUUAAAUACAGAAGUCGCUGCUGAUUGCAGAUUUUUUCGUUUGGCACUUAAAAAAAAACACACUACACAAAUUGUCUCCAAGGGUGUCCUCAUUUGUUCAUGUGAAGAGAUUCAAAUGUAACGAUUAGAUGAUCGAAAUUUCCCAAUUCUGUGCAGUGACUUCAGAAAGAGAGCUGAACGUGAUUUGGCUGUUAAACUCUAAAACUCAUUGAAAUUCAGUCCCAAACCAGUCAGGCAGGUUUAUGCCUUGUUGUAGGAGGUCCUCAUCCAGCUCGCUUUCACAUGUGUUCGGCCAUUCGGGAGGAUCGUGGUACAGUUUGGGGCACAUUAAGUUUAAGAUUAAGUGACACGUUUUAAUCCCACAAACGGGGAAAUUUCACCUCCACAUUUAACCCAUCCGUGAAGUCAGACACCACAUACACACACUAGUGAAUACACACACACCAGGGGGCAGU